UUAGUUACUUACUAGUUUAUUUUUAUAGUUAGUUAGUUGAUCUGCUGGCAAGUCAAAAGUGUCAAACCUGAAACGUUGUUGUCUUUCUUUCAUCUUCUGUCACAGUCACAGUAUUGAUAAAGGGUUAUUGUUGCUAUAGUUAUAGUUGUUGUCAACGAAAGUGCCCAGUGGUUUACUAACUAUUUACACGCUUAUUUCUUGUCGUACUACUUGUUGCAUAUUUUAACUUUUUGCUACCUUGCUACUAUGUUUCUAUCUUGUUAACCCCAUUGAGAUUGAAUGAGUAGGCCUAACAUCUCUUACUUAAUUAAUUCGACUAUUAGACAUUCUCAUCAGAACUUUUACAAUGGCAGAGCUUCCUCCGAGGAAAAAUCCAACUCCUACAAGGAUGUCCAAACAACACUUAACUCCUUUACAGACGCUCCUUCAAAUGGGCUUUCCAAAGCAUAGAGCUGAAAAAGCGUUGGCGGCUACAGGCCACCGGGGAGUUCAGCUUGCUUCAGACUGGUUGCUAGCACACGUCAAUGACCCCACAUUGGAUGAAAUUUGUCCAAGAGAGUACAUCCUGUAUGCCUGUCCCACUGGACCCCUCUUCGAGCGGCUUCAGAUUUUUUGGGAAAAAUCUAGAACUUCUUGCGGGUGGAAUGGCGCUCAUAACUUUAUACCUCAUAUCACAUUGGUUUCUUUAUUUAAAGCUCCGGAUGAAUGUUCCCAGUAUGUUGCCAGAACGAUGUUGCAGAUUGUAGAGUCACAACAGGCCAACCUUCCAGACAGCUUAAAGUUGGAACUCUACAUGUCAGAAAAUUUUAUGGGGUUCUUUGUUGACAAUAAUCAAGCAGAUAUUUUGAAAAACAUUGCCAAACAAUUUGUCAAAGAAGUCUCUAGUGCAACUGGCAGUACUACACUAGAGGCUCAUGUCAAGUCCCUGCAUCUCACCUUAGCCUACCAGUUCCCAACUUCUCAAUUUGCUCAACUUAAAGCUCUUGUUGAAAAUCAUCUCAGUCCAGAUACCCCAAGUCGUUGGGAAUUACGGCUCUAUUCUCGUGACAUCAGGAUCACCAACAAGCAGGUUCAUAAGGUUUUGUAUUCUCAUGUUCCUAGAGAGCCUGAUGAACUCGAGCUAAUGAUAGGAGAUUUUAUUUAUCUAAACAAAGAAGAUAUUGACAAAUCUCCAGAUGGCUGGGUCCAGGGCGUGUCUUGGUUGACUGGAUGUACUGGAUACUUACCAAUCAACUACACAGAACAUACUGCAGAGUCGGAUGCAUGGACAUUACACAAGACAUGUGGUCUAUGGAAGGAUGGUUGGGUGGAAGCCAGUGAUGAGGAGGAGAAUCAGGUUAACCUAUCCCGUCAACUGGCUGCCAUGUCUAGAUAUUAUAGGUUUAUGUUGCAGGACAUGUGGUCUAUGGAAGGAUGGACAUGUGGUCUAUGGAAGGAUGGUUGGGUGGAAGCCAGUGAUGAGGAGGAGAAUCAGGUUAACCUAUCCCGUCAACUGGCUGCCAUGUCUAGAUAUUAUAGGUUUAUGUUGCAGGACAUGUGGUCUAUGGAAGGAUGGACAUGUGGUCUAUGGAAGGAUGGUUGGGUGGAAGCCAGUGAUGAGGAGGAGAAUCAGGUUAACCUAUCCCGUCAACUGGCUGCCAUGUCUAGAUAUUAUAGGUUUAUGUUGCAGGACAUGUGGUCUAUGGAAGGAUGGACAUGUGGUCUAUGGAAGGAUGGUUGGGUGGAAGCCAGUGAUGAGGAAGAGAAUCAGGUUAACCUAUCCCGUCAACUGGCUGCCAUGUCUAGAUAUUAUAGGUUUAUGUUGCAGGACAUGUGGUCUAUGGAAGGAUGGACAUGUGGUCUAUGGAAGGAUGGUUGGGUGGAAGCCAGUGAUGAGGAAGAGAAUCAGGUUAACCUAUCCCGUCAACUGGCUGCCAUGUCUAGAUAUUAUAGGUUUAUGUUGCAGGACAUGUGGUCUAUGGAAGGAUGGACAUGUGGUCUAUGGAAGGAUGGUUGGGUGGAAGCCAGUGAUGAGGAGGAGAAUCAGGUUAACCUAUCCCGUCAACUGGCUGCCAUGUCUCUCUCUUACGGCAGCACUGAGAGCAGCUUCUCACAGAUACUAAAGGAUGACUUACCAGCUUCAAUACCAGAUGGACCUCGGCAAUUAUACAUAAUGAGGCAUGGAGAACGGGUGGAUUUUGCUUUUGGAAAAUGGAUCCCAUAUUGUUUUACUGAAGAAGGAGAGUAUGUACAGAAGGAUCUGAAUAUGCCUGUCAAGGUGCCACAGAGAGAAGGUGGUCCUGACAGCUUCACAGCUGACUGUCCACUCACCUGUGUGGGAGAGUUGCAGGCCAGACUCACUGGUGAGGGCAUGCGUCUCUCUGGUGUCACCAUCAACCAUGUGUUUGUGUCACCAUCUCUUCGCUGCAUACAGACCUGUCACAACGUGCUCAUAGGAAUGGGACUGGUGAAGAAGUUACAGAUGUGUGUGGAACCAGGACUGUUUGAGUGGUUGAUCUGGCACAAGAACCGGUUCCCAAAGUGGCUGUCAGCAGAGGAACUGGUUGCUGAGGGGUACAACAUCAACCGCAGCUACCAGCCCAUCAUCCCUGCGGACAGACUCACCGACUGUUCAGAGACAAUAGAGCAGUUCUAUGAGCGCAGCGCACUGCUUACACAGACAGUGCUGAACAACACAUUAGCUGCUGGUGGUGGCAACAUAUUGCUGGUGGGACAUGCUGCUACACUGGACGUGUGUUCACGUAAGCUGGUAGGCGCCCGGCCGCGGGACUACAAGGACAUGAACAACCUCCUGCGCAAGAUCCCGUACUGCAGCCUGACUGUGGCACAACAGCUGUCCAAUGACCCUGACAGUGACUGGCAGCUAGUGGAAGCUGCCUUACCUCCCCUCACCCACUCCAACAACCCCCGUUUUGACUUCAGAGUUCUUCUGACAUAGCUACACUAACAGUGAUUGGCAGCUAUUGGAGGCUGCCUUCCCUCCCCUCACCCACUCCAACAACCCCCACUUAGACUUCAGAGUCCUCUUGUGUUGUUAUAACUGUUAAUCAUUAUACAGGGUAUUUUAAACAAAUUAAAAUAUUUAUUUUAUUUUUUUAGUUUCUAGUAUUUGUAAGUAACGAGAUGUGUGAUUAAGACUUUUGACUCUCGAUAGAACUAGACAUUAUAUUCCCGUGUUAAAGUUGUCGUCAGUAUUAGAAUCAAAAUAGACAUUGUUGAUUUGAGCCACCUACAGAUGUGCUGACGUUUCUUAUUCUGCAGAAUUACUGUUUUCUGUCGAAUUUACCAACUUUUCAAUCAAGUCAAUCUGAUAUAACAUGUUAUUGUAAACUCUAGCAUCUUAUAUGUCAGAUUAUUUCAGUUACAUAAACUACUGGAGAAAAUAUUUUUUAGUCUGUUGCGCAUUCUGUGAGGGGCUUAUAAAACUUAUGUUCUGUUUUGAUUUAAAAGUAGGAUCAUAGAUAAAACAUACUCCUUAGUAGAUUUCCCAUCCUUAUGGAACAGCUGAAGCCAAUUUUAUUGUUAGUUCUGUCUGGUGUACUGUAGAUGUCGUCAGUGGCGGUUCUAGGACCUUGUCAAGGGGGGGGCUACCCCAGCACCCCUCAAUAAAGCAGGGGGGUCCGGGAAAAUUUGGAAUUUUCAAAGCCGUUUGGUGACUUUCUAAAGCCAUUUUUAACACCUAAAACCUUGCCUAAUUGUCCAUAAACUCGGCAUUUUACCUGUUGUUUGCCAUGAGCAAAUAGACAUUUUUUAAAUUAAACCAUUGCGAUUGCAUUCACGAAUUUCAAAACACUGUAGACUACGGCCAUAUCCUCCUAAAAACGUUGGGUGACUUUCUACAGCCAGUUUUAACGUCUAGAACUGUGUGCAAAACCUCCCAUUUCCCCAUUUUUAUUUGUCAUGAAUAAGUAGACAUUUUUAAAACUAACUAUGACGAUUGCAUUCAUAAAAUCUCAAAACAUAUUGUAGGCUACGGCAAUAUCGUCCUAAAAGCUGUUUACUGACUUUCUAAAGCCAUUAUUAAUCCAACUAUUAAUCCAAAUCCAAAAUUAUUUAAUCCAAUCAAAAUUAAAUUAUUUUUCCAAUUAUUUAAUCCAAUUAUUAAGCCAUUAUGUGUCCAACUGUCCAAAAACCUGCCAAUUCACCUGUUAUUUGUCUUUGUCAUGAGCAAGUAAAUAGACAUUUUAAAAAUCAAAUUAUGACGAACUUGCAUUCAUGAAUUUCAAAACAUAGGCCUACUGUAGACUACAAAGCCAUAUCUCCUAAAAAUAAGCCGUUUGGUCACUUUUAUAGGGCUAUUUCUAACGGCUAUAACUGUGCUCAAUAAUUAUCCUAAAACCUUCCAUUUCACCUAUUAUAUGCUGUUUAUAUGUCAUGCAAGCAAGUAGUUACGUUUUUUAAACUUAUGUUUUUCUACAGUCCAUUUCAUAGAUCUGUCACAAUAUGUACAGUAUCGAAUUCAGUACCGGUAAUAGCAUUGACUAUACAAAACUUUAACAUUAGUGUUUAUAUAGUAAAAGGUAAAAGGCUACUGGUGCUACCGCUGAUUGCUGAUUGAUGCCUGUGGCCUGUGUAAAGUUAGUGGCUAGCAGACAAUUUGACAACUAUGGAACAUCAGGAAAUCAGCUGUUUCCCCGUCCUUGCUCGCACGCUCGGCGCUCGCCAUCGCCAUACUUAUUGUUAGUUUACAGCUGACUGCUGUAAAAAUUGGAUGAUGCAUAUAACUAACUUUCCAUUGUGUAAUAUUGUUUUAUUUGCUGUGCUAUUGUCCACAAAGUUGAUCUAUGUGGAACUUAAUACUACUCCUGCCAUCGCUUAUUCAGUUUAAUAAUAUCUACAUUGGUGUCUGUUUUAUGACAUUGCGUGUUUUAAGGACGAAAUGUACGUCUAAAUUUAUUUUUCCAGGGUCCAAGGGGGGGGGGCUUUAGCCCCUGUAGCCCUCCCCUUGGAACCGCCACUGGAUGUUGUGUUUUGUUUACAAUUUGUUUCUAAUAUUUUAGGGUUAGUUUCUCAUGAUUUGCACCUCGCUGUUUGGUUAUAUAGCUAGUGGACAAGUCAUUGUUUACGAUUAGAUAGUUUUAUUUGGUUAAACGAGGUUUUAGAUUACUGAAAUAGCAAGAAACGAAUUGUAAACAAAACACAACUCCACAGUACACCGGACAGAACUAACAGUAAAAUUGGCUUCAGCUGUUCCAUAAGGGAAAUCUACUAAGGGAGUAUGUUUUAUCUAUGGUAGGAUAUGCCUAGUCUAUAUAGUUGGUGUAUAUCUACUUCAAUUUCCAAAAGUCAAUGGUAAAACCUAGUGUGCUAUAUUAUUAAAGUGAUAGUCAAAUUUGAUUUGAUUUGGCACAUCAAAAUAAAGCUUAGAAUGUGUAGAUUUGCCAAAAAUUAUUGCUAUGAAUGAACGAAUUCCCUAAGUAAGAGCUUUGCCCCACGGGCAACCAAACAAGCAGAUCUCCAAAGGGCUGCGCAGUUCAGUACAUGCUUUCAAAGUUAACAUUUUGUUUUUUAAAAUGAAACAUCUGGUUGAUAUUUACUAGAAAAGGCCUUAGAUAGUGCUUUCUUUACAUUGUCGGAAUUUGUGUCUUAGUUAGUAGUUGUGUAAUUAAGAAGGUUAUGUUUAUUUAAACAUUUAAAGAAAGGUUUUGUAGAAUUUUGGGUCUGACUUAGGGGAGCUCCGAUUGAGGCAUUAGUUCAAAAUUCCUCCGUGAACAGCGCUGUAGUAGAGAGCAUUUUGGCAAUGAAGGUUUACUAAUCGCAAAAAUAGUUCUGUUGAUAAAAUAAAAUUAUAAAUGCCUCAAAUUCAAUUUCAUAAUUUGUUUAUUAUAAAAUUACUAUCAUAACCUAACCGAACUAACCAAACUUGCUGAUAAUGAAAUAAUAUAAAAAAGUUUAUUAAUAAAAAAAAUAAUUCUGUUCAUUAAAUAAAACUAGAAAUUGCUCAAUUAAAAUUUUAUAAUGACUUAAUAAUAAAAUUAAACUGUCAUAACCGAACCAAACCAACCAAACUUGCUGAUGAUAAUGAAAAAAUCUUUGUCAAAAAGUUAGUGCCACCAGCGGGAUUCGAACCCGGGACUCUAAGCAUAUCAGCCCGGCACGCUAACCACUAGACCACCGAGGCUGAUGGUUGAAAAUCGUAUUGUUACGGUAAUGGUUUUCCCUCAGCUAAUGAGAAGCCUACAGCUGUCAUUGUAAGCUCAUCUACACCUCCCCUGAGUAAAUACCUAGAAUUUUGCUCAUAGUUUUCUUAGUAAUUUACAUAGUGAGCUACGGAAUGGCUACGGGUAAAUGGGCUUCACUAAAAUUGAAGAAUUAGGGUAAAACAUUGUUUUUACAAAAAAUCAUUAUCAAGUAGGAGUAAUUGAUUUUAUUAUUCACUAAGGUAGGCUAUGUAGAUAGUUUUUAUAUUUUCAAAUUAAAUCAAUAGAUUUGCCUUAUUUUUAAAUACACAUCAGCACCACUUAAAAACUGUAAAGGUUGCCUAGGAAAUUUAAAAACCUUAUCUAAAUUUAAAGAAAACAUUUUACCACACUAAGUAGUAAAUUAAGUUUUGUUUCCAUAAUGAAUAAUAGAUGACUCUUGUAUAAAAUACAGCAGAUCUAAAGAACACCAUUAUUCUCUUUCAUGUCAUCUUUCGGUUGCGAAGCACGGGUAUAGCACCUCGUAAGUAAUUUAUCUAGCUACCUAACAACUAACUCCUUUGCAGGUAGGUUCUUUGCACCUGAAAAUCCAUGAUUUUUCUACUUUACUUUUUACUUAUCCUUACCUUACCAUGGGUGAAUCCACCAAAAACUUAUUCCUUUCUUUGUGAUUGACAAAGUGGUCAGUGACCAUGAUAUAUUUCAAUUUUGUGUGUUUAAGUUAAAAAUGUUUCAUACUGAGAAGACAACCCACUGUCAGCCUGCUCUUCCUAUCAAAAACACAAAAUCAAAUCUAUACUAAGUUUUCUAUGACAGUAUGAAUCUGAAAGAAGCGGACUAUUUCAAAAGCUACUGUAUGUUUGUAUUAUAUGUGAUAGUUUCUUCAUUAGCGUUUAAUCAAGUAAAUGUUUUUAAUUAAUUAACUGAAAACAAAGCUAAACAAUUCAGUAUAAUAGAGACUGCGUUUCUAGAAGGAACAUUGCAAAUAAACACUUUGGGUAGAAUGUUUACAAAAUUAAAAGUUAAGGUGUGUAAUGAUAGUUUACGUCAAGCAAAGCUUGGCUGGUACCGUAUCAUGUCAUGUUACUACAUGUAAAACAGAUUGUCAAUAAAAGUUAUUUUUGUGAUUUUAUAUUAGUAAAUAUGAUUUAUUUAUUUGUUUAUAUCAAGUAUACAGUGAUCAUUGCCUUAAUCUUGGAAUAUUUUGAUGCAAAAAAUGUUUAGAAUAACAAUUUGAGAACUAAAGACGUUAAGGUCUUAUUGUAGAUUGUUGAUCUCACUUAUUUUGAUAACAGUUUAUAAUGGUUAGUUAUUUUUAAAUGUUAUGUUUGUAAAUUUGUAAA